AUGUUCACGCCUACUCUUUGUUCAAUUGUUGCAAGUUGUCCAGAAAGUCUAAAACAAGCAUCUGUAAAAGUCUCUAUUGGCGGUAUUGAACUGACCGCACUCAUUGACUCUGGGAGUUCGGAAAGUUUUAUAAGUGAAACUAUGGCAAGGAAACUGUCUCUCAAGCUUCAUCCAUCAACACAGAAGAUAUCUAUGGCCCUAACAUCUUUUAAGACUCAGAUCCUUGGUCACUGUUUUACGGAUAUUGUAAUUAAUCAACUUUCCUACUCAUCCAUUCGUUUUGGGAGUCUUGAAAGAUCUCUGUAGUGACAUUAUCCUUGGGCAAGACUUCCAGAAGAAGCACAAGCGGGUCACCAUAGAGUUUGGCAGUACUAGACCAGAACUAGUAAUUCCUAGGCCUGCCUGUCCUCUUUCUUCGACAGCCUCCAUCGAGGAGCCUUCAUUGUUUGGAAACCUUCUCCCUGAAUGUAAGCCUAUCGCCAGUAGAUCUAGGCGCUUUAGCAAAGAAGACCAGGAGUUUAUCAAUCAGGAAGUUACAAAACUUCUGUCUGAAGGAAUUAUCGAGCCUACCAUAACACCAUGGAGAGCACAAAUUGUUGUUUCUAAAGAUCCCUCAAACCAGCACAAGAAGAGGCUCUGUAUUGAUUACUCUCAAACCAUCAAUCAAUACACAGAGCUUGAUGCGUAUCCUCUUCCUCGGAUCGAUGACAUGAUCAACAACCUAGCACAAUACAAAGUUUUCUCAACGUUUGAUUUAAAGAGUGCUUACCAUCAAGUACCGAUAAAGGAGUCCGAUCGAAAGUUUAGUGGGUUCGAAGCUAAUGGAAGACUGUAUCAAUUUUGCCGUAUACCGUUUGGCGUCACUAAUGGAGUGGCUGCUUUCCAGAGAGCAAUGGACAAUUUUGCUGACGAGGAGAACUUCAAUGACACAUUUCCAUAUCUGGACAACAUAACGGUGGCUGGGCGAAAUCAAAAGGAACAUGACGUAAAUGUUCAGGCAUUUCAUGAAGCAGUCCAACGCAGGAACCUUACCUUGAAUGAAAGCAAAUCAAUCAAAUCCAAGACAUCCAUCAAUGUAUUAGGUUAUCGGGUUGGCAAUGGGGUGAUCGCUCCUGACGAGGGAAGACCCCGCCCACUUCAAGAUUUUCCGCCGCCAGAGAGUAUCCGCUCCCUUCGUAGGGUGAUUGGCAUGUUUGCUUACUAG